UAGGUACCUAUAUAGAUGUUUAGUUUGCACACCGCGACCACGCGACUGCGCAGCUCGCCUCCGCAGAACCCAUCCAUAAUCACUACAUAGGUUUACUCCCCCCACACGACGCGACGGCGCAAACGGAUACGCUCCGUUAGCAAAGUACGACGUCCUCGCCGUAGUAUGACAUUUUAGAGAUUUUCAUAUAAUAUUGCAAACGGGAUAGAUUUUGCAGUUACAGCUAGUAGUGACUUGAAGAGUUAUUUCUUCCAAGAUGCUGCGACGCGACAUCAGCUACAUUUUAAGGAACAAGACAUUUCUACCGACACUUUUUGCAAAAGAAUGUCGGAACUAUGGGACUUCAUAUUCUACGGUGCACCAGGAACCGCCAGGUCCUCUGAUAAAGACAGAAAUCCCCGGACCAAAAUCAAAACAACUCUUAAAAGAAAUGAUGGAUAUUCAACAAUGUGGAUCAGUGCAACUCUUUGCAAAUCUUGAAAAAUCUGCUGGCAAUUACUUUGCGGACGCAGAUGGCAAUCUCUUUUUGGAUGUUUACACGCAAAUAUCUUCUAUACCUCUUGGGUACAAUCAUCCGGCGCUUUUAAAUGCAUUCCGCAGUGAUAGUGAAGUGAGAGCUUUGGUAAAUCGUCCUGCUCUUGGAGUAUUUCCUUCAGACGACUGGCCUAAAAAAUUGCGAGAUGUUCUAUUAUCAGUCGCACCACCAGGCUUGAAGCACGUCAUGACCAUGAUGUGUGGGGCUUGCUCUAAUGAAAAUGCGUUCAAAGCUGCUUUCAUAUUAUAUUGUACAAGAAAACGUGGUGGCAAAACAACAUUUACGGACGAAGAAAUGAAAACAGCACUUCUAAAUAUUCCUCCAGGAGCUCCAGAUUUAUCAAUUAUGUCGUUCAAGGGUCUUAAUAGUAGUGGCGCUUUCCAUGGACGUACAUUUGGAUCUUUGGCGACUACAAAGUCGAAAGCUAUUCAUAAACUGGACUUCCCAAGUUUUGAAUGGCCAGUUGCUAGAUUUCCAGAAUAUAAAUAUCCUUUAGAAGAGUUUAGACGUGAAAAUGAACAGCAAGAUAAAGAGUGUCUCGCAGAUGUUGAAGAACAAUUUGACAGGUGGGAAAAGAAAAGGCCUAUUGCUGGCGUUAUCAUUGAACCCAUUCAGGCAGAAGGCGGUGAUAACCAUGCUUCACCGGAGUUUUUCCAAGAAUUGCAAAAAAUAUGUAAACGAAGAGGAGCGGCCUUGAUCAUAGAUGAAGUCCAGACUGGAUGUGGACCGACAGGCAAAAUGUGGUGUCACGAACAUUUCAACUUGCCAUCACCGCCUGACUUGGUCACAUUCAGCAAGAAAAUGUUGACUGGAGGAUUUUAUUUCAAGCCGGAAUAUCUGUCACCACAACCGUUAAGAAUUUUCAACACGUGGAUGGGAGAUCCAUCGAAGUUGGUUAUGUUGGAACAAGUUAUCAAAGUAAUGAAAACUGAAAGACUUCUACAAUUAGUCGAAGAGACAGGAAAGGUUCUUAAAAGUGGCCUGCACGCUCUAGAAACCGAAUUUCCCUUUAUGAUAAACAGCGUACGUGGUCGAGGCACAUUUUUGGCAUUCGACGCCGCCACACCGGAAUUACAGGAUAAGAUUGUCAAAACUUUGAAACAAAAUGGUGUGCUCGGAGGUUCGUGUGGAAUAUGUACAAUUCGCCUUCGACCUGCUCUUAUUUUCGAACCGAAACACGCUGAGAUCUUUUUGGAAAUUCUUAGGAAAUCUUUGAGGCAGUUGAAGUAGGAUGGCUUUAGUCUGUUUUGCAGUAAGAUUAAUAAUUAUUUCAGUAAUUUUAUUGCAUAACUACGUAUAAAUCUACGUAUAUAUAGAUAUCUAUUUAUAUUUCAUUGUGAGAAUCACAAAUUACUUAUACAUUGAAAGUAUAAUUAGAUAUCUAAGUAUUACCUAUAUUUUUACGUGCCAUAAGUAAUUUUAUUUUUCUAUUAGUUUUUAUUCAAUUAAGUAUCCAAUCAAAAAUAUUAAGGAAAUAGAUAUUAUGUUUUAUAAUAAUUUAGCUUUGGCACUGCAACUUCGAUGCAACUGUGAAAAAAAGGAUGUAUUGAAAUACGAUUUUAAUAAGUAUGCAUUUUAUUGUGAAUGAAUCUAACGUAACCAAAUAUUUUAUAUUAAUGGUAAAAAUUUGCCCUGCACUGCUGCCACUUAUAAUUAUGUAUGUACCUAAUGUACAUAUGUAUUGUAUUUAUUAUGAUUGUUAUUUUGUAAUGUCUUAUGUAUUUUAACUUAACGUGUUAUAGGUAUCUAUUUCAUGACGUUGGUUGUAUUGAGACAUAUUUAUUAUUGUAAUACGAUGUAUACAAUUGUUUUAAUUCAUAUGCUGAUGCUUAUACAUAUAGUUUUACUUAUUCAGAUGUUGAAGUUUCUACAUGUGUAGGAUGCACAAUUUUAUACGCAUAUAAAUGCACAAAUGAUAAUUUAUCCAUAACUAUGAAUUGUUAUGGUCAAUGUGAAUUAAUUUAUCCAUAUGUAUAAAUAAAAAUUAAUUUCCGUUCGUUACUCUCGCUAAAACUGGAGAACGGCUGAACCGAUUUGGCUGAAUUUGGUCUUGAACAGUCCAGGGAAGGAUUAAAAAGUGAGAAAAAAAAUUUAGUCUGUAAUAUAAAAGAAAAUCGUGUGAGUGACACUAUUUAUAACUCAAGAACGUAGUUUGGAACCACGAGACGGACAUCAGACAGUUUUUUCUAAUGAUUUAUUUAACACAUCUUAUCUUUUUAACCAAAUCAUAAUGGCAUAGAUACGGUUCGUAAAUAAUUUUGCAGGGAUUCUGAAAAUAUCUUAAGAAUUAAAAUUGAUGAAACAAUGUAUCACGUAGGGAAAAAUUAUGUGAACGUCUUACAUUUAAGAUUAAAUUCCUAAGCUGAAUAGAUAGGACUGAUUGAUGUCUUCCAAAUAAUAAUUACAAUAGAAACUGAAUUGAUUCUAUUCUA